AUGGUUGGCAAGCAAACUUGUAAGGCUGAGAAUGCUUGCGUAACGAAUGUAAUGGAUGGUAUUCUUACCAUGGGAUGUUUGGAUUCGGUGAUGCACUGGGACAAUAUCGGUCUAUGCUUUUCAGCUCCCAGGAAAGAUCUGUCAGCCUGCUCUUAUGAUCCUGAAAAUCGAACCGGAUUCAACCGCUGGGGAGUGGGAAUGUGUUGCUGUCGAAGUGAUAGUUGCAACGAGUUGCCUCCUGAAUGGCUCGCGCUCCCGAAGUGGCGAUUCCGUUGGCGUGCUCUUUCCAUAUUUAGUAUUGUCUUCAGUAUAUCCUCUAUCGGUUUCUUCUUUUGGGGCAAAAUCGAAGGACAAACAACAUUGAAAAAAGAGAAAAAGGUUCAAUGUAGUUUUCCAGUUUUUUUUGAAACAAGUGAACAUCAUUUCUCCACUUUACGGAAAGUAAAACCCAUACCCUGGAGAUGA